CGGGUAGUUACGGAUCCUUCGCUCGGUUACGUUGGUAGCGCUGGCUACACGUUCGGAUCUGCUGUCGAUCCCGAAAGGGGGGAAAAAAAACUUCAGGACCACCGCAAGUACCGAGAUCGGGCAGAAUAAAGCGAGCUAGUGAUGGAUCAUCAUUAUGACGGGCAGCAGAAUGAUUACAUGCAGCCGGAGGAGGACUGGGACAGGGACCUCCUGCUGGAUCCAGCCUGGGAAAAACAGCAGAGAAAGACCUUCACAGCAUGGUGCAACUCCCAUCUCCGUAAAGCUGGAACACAGAUUGAGAACAUAGAUGAGGACUUCAGAGAUGGCCUUAAACUAAUGUUACUUCUUGAAGUCAUUUCAGGUGAGCGUUUGCCAAAACCAGAGCGAGGCAAAAUGCGCGUGCAUAAAAUCUCCAAUGUGAACAAAGCCCUGGAUUUUAUCGCCAGUAAAGGAGUGAAACUUGUAUCCAUAGGAGCAGAAGAAAUUGUGGAUGGCAAUGCCAAGAUGACUCUAGGAAUGAUUUGGACUAUUAUCCUCCGUUUUGCUAUCCAAGACAUUUCUGUCGAACAGACAUCUGCCAAAGAAGGAUUGCUGUUAUGGUGUCAAAGAAAGACCGCCCCGUACAAGAACGUGAAUAUCCAGAACUUCCACAUCAGUUGGAAGGAUGGUCUUGGAUUCUGCGCUCUCAUUCAUAGGCAUCGCCCAGAACUCAUAGACUAUGGCAAGCUACGAAAGGAUGAUCCCCUGACGAAUCUAAACACCGCUUUUGAUGUGGCAGAAAGAUUCCUGGACAUUCCCAAGAUGUUGGACGCUGAAGACAUUGUUGGAACUGCUCGCCCCGACGAGAAGGCCAUCAUGACCUAUGUUUCUAGCUUCUACCACGCCUUUUCAGGAGCCCAGAAGGCGGAAACAGCGGCUAAUCGGAUCUGCAAAGUGCUGGCGGUAAACCAGGAGAAUGAGCAGCUCAUGGAAGACUAUGAGAAACUGGCUAGUGAUCUGCUUGAAUGGAUUCGCCGCACCAUCCCGUGGCUAGAGAACCGAGCCCCGGAGAACACUAUGCAAGCCAUGCAGCAAAAGCUGGAGGAUUUCCGAGACUAUAGGCGCCUACACAAACCCCCCAAGGUUCAAGAGAAGUGUCAACUAGAAAUCAACUUCAACACUCUCCAAACCAAGCUGCGGCUCAGCAAUCGACCAGCUUUCAUGCCUUCAGAGGGAAAGAUGGUGUCGGACAUAAAUAACGCGUGGGGUGGUUUGGAGCAGGCUGAGAAGGGCUAUGAAGAGUGGCUGUUGAAUGAAAUCCGGAGGUUGGAGCGGCUGGACCACCUGGCAGAGAAGUUCCGUCAAAAGGCUUCUAUUCAUGAGGCUUGGACAGAUGGGAAAGAAAGCAUGCUGCAGAAGAAGGAUUACGAGACGGCUAGCCUGUCUGAAAUCAAAGCCCUGCUCAGGAAACACGAAGCUUUUGAAAGCGACCUGGCCGCCCAUCAAGACCGAGUGGAGCAGAUUGCGGCCAUAGCCCAGGAGCUGAAUGAGCUGAAUUACUAUGACUCCCCGAGUGUGAAUGCCAGGUGCCAAAGAAUCUGCGACCAGUGGGAUAACCUUGGCGCUCUCACCCAGAAGCGCAGAGAAGCUCUCGAGAGAACAGAGAAGUUGCUGGAAACCAUCGACCAGCUCUACCUAGAAUAUGCCAAAAGAGCAGCGCCCUUCAACAACUGGAUGGAAGGAGCCAUGGAGGACCUGCAGGACACAUUCAUAGUUCACACUAUCGAAGAGAUUCAGGGAUUGACAUCGGCGCAUGAACAGUUCAAAGCAACGUUACCAGAGGCAGACAAAGAGAGGCAAGCUAUUCUGGGCAUCCAUAAUGAGGUUUCCAAGAUCGCACAGACUUAUCAUGUGAACAUGUCUGGAACCAACCCCUACACCACAAUCUCCCCCCAAGAAAUCAACAGCAAGUGGGAUCAUGUGAGGCAGCUGGUGCCCCGCAGGGACCAUGCUCUGAUGGAGGAACACGCGCGGCAGCAGCAGAACGAACGCCUGCGUAAACAGUUUGCAGCGCAAGCCAAUGUCAUUGGACCAUGGAUUCAAACAAAGAUGCAGGAGAUCGGCCGCAUCGCGAUAGAAAUGCACGGCACCCUCGAAGACCAGCUUAAUCAUUUGCGGCAGUACGAGAAAAGCAUAGUCAACUACAAACCGAAAAUCGAUCAGCUGGAGAGCGAUCACCAACAAAUACAGGAAGCACUUAUCUUUGACAACAAGCACACCAAUUAUACCAUGGAGCAUAUUCGCGUGGGCUGGGAGCAGCUAUUGACCACAAUUGCCAGAACCAUAAAUGAAGUGGAGAAUCAGAUCCUCACACGUGACGCUAAAGGCAUCAGUCAGGAGCAGAUGAAUGAGUUCAGGAAUUCCUUCAAUCAUUUUGACAGAGAGCACUCCGGCACACUUGGCCCCGAAGAGUUUAAAGCCUGCCUCAUCAGCCUGGGUUACGAUAUUGGAAACGAUCCUCAGAAGAAGACUGGUAUGAUGGAUAGUGAUGAUUUCCGAGCCUGUCUAAUCUCCAUGGGUUACAAUAUGGGUGAAGCCGAGUUUGCUCGUAUAAUGAGCAUCGUUGACCCCAAUCGACUGGGCGUAGUAACAUUUCAAGCCUUCAUCGACUUCAUGUCCCGCGAGACUGCGGACACGGACACCGCAGACCAAGUUAUGGCUUCCUUCAAGAUACUUGCUGGUGAUAAGAAUUACAUCACUGCGGAUGAGCUGCGUCGAGAGCUUCCUCCCGAUCAGGCAGAAUAUUGCAUUGCGAGGAUGGCACCGUACAUUGGACACGAUGCCGUGCCAGGAGCGCUGGACUACAUGUCUUUCUCAACAGCACUAUAUGGAGAAAGUGACCUUUAACCCUUCAUUGCGCGUCUAGAUGUCACUGCACUGCUCAUCGUGCACCUUUUCCUGUAUGCAAAAUGGUUUGGGCUUUUUUUUCACGUGUUUCUGUCUUUUAUUUUUUUUUUUUUCUUUCUUAGCUCACCAGGUCAUUUUUUUAUUUUUUUGGGGUUAUUUUUGUCUCUCUAGUGCUGGUAAACCAUUCUCUUUUUAGCACUAGUAGGGUAAAUGCCUGUUCAAAGUUUGUCCUAUAGAACAACUGUUUACAAAUAAUAAUAAUAAAAAAAAAAUCAUUUUUACAAAAGACAUUUAGGAAUGCAUAUUUUAUUAUUAAAGAAAAUUUGAUGGAAUGUAUUUUUCUGCCAAAUAAAUAAAUAUUCGGUUUGUGGGGCGUCAGAAGAAUUGUGCAAUGUUCCAUCUAUGUCUUUCUCUCCCGGUUUUGUUACCGUAUGUAUCAGAGCAACAACUGAUUAGCAUGUAUUCCUUCGCUCACAAUGUUCUUCCCAUCUAAAAAAAUGUUUUUUUUUCUGGCAAAAUAACAAGUUUCUUGUAGGAUUAUGUUUAGUUAGUAAGUAUCUGAAAUCCUUCUUUGGUUCUGAGAGGUUUAAGGAUGGAAAGAUUUUUUUUUUUAAAUCCAUCUUUCUAAAAAUUAAGUCCAACCUUUUUAUACAAUAUUUAAUUUAAAAUGAAGAAAAAAAAAAAUUCCUUCACCCGCUCCUAAAGUUGCCCAACUUUUGUUUGGAUGUGAUGCUUUCAUUUGUUCUCAAUAUUGCUUGUCACAAACUUUAUUAAAUAAGUUCCUGUUUCAAUUUUAA